AUGUCUCAAAGAGUUCGCAAAAACGGAUCUCCGACGUCCGGAGUGACCACGGGAAGCCCGAUCGGAUCCCCGGGGAUCAGCGCCGCUGGAGUGAAUUUACUGGGUCGCCUGCUGCCCAUGAAAGCCACGGUUCCUUUCCAGCUGAAAACGCAGCCACAGCACCCUCUACAGACACGGACGGUUCUGUCCUCCUCAUCCUCCGGUAACGGUAAAUGCCACAGCAGCGGAGCUCACAGCCGGAGCCCCACGCGAUCCCUUUCCUCCAGUGCCGUUUCAGCAGCCACGUCCACUUCCUCUGCGUUCAUCACACCAACAGCGGCUUCUUCCUCUCCCUCACCAUCAUCUUCAUCAAGAACUAGCCCCAUUAUCGUUGUCCACGCGACAAACCCUAGAUCAUCCUCGUCCUCAGCCCACUCAGGUGUGCACUUGGGCCCGCAGUGCUGCUCCCCCUCACAGCAGACCAGCUGCGGCUGCUCGGACCCUUCAGCCUUUACCUCUCAUUUGUCAUCCUCUCCGUCUUCAUCCUCGCCACUGUGGUCUUGCGGUCACAGAGCCAAACCCCUCCAGACCCCCGAGCAUGACAGACUGUCUCCAGAGAGGCUCAGUCCCAGCUCACCUGUGUGCACAGACAAGCAUAGACUUCCUGUGGCAGGUUCUUGGUGCACCACCAGCAGUAACGGUAGCAUUCGUCGCACCUCCUCUUUGGACGCACUCACAGCCCCUUACCUGUCUGGACACUGGCCCCGGGAUGCCAGCCACGCCCCUUGUGCCCCAUGCAUGCGGGACAAAUCUACUCAGACCCCCAGCGCCUGGGCUGAUGAAUGCGGAGAGAAGAAGAGAGGCUGUCACAAGCGCUCAGCCUCCUGCGGCAGCACUGACCAGCUAAAAGAGAUUGUGAAGCUGAGGCAGCAGCUCCAGCGCAGUAAACACAGCAGUCGUCACCAUCGCGACAAGGAACGCAAAUCUCCCUUCAAUGGCAACCAUGCUGCUUUCAGCCAAUCACAGGCUCCAAUUCCAAAGAGCGUCCUGAUCUCUAUUCCCAUCUCCAAAUCCUCCGUCUCUCGUUUCCGGAACAGUGUGGAGGGGCUGAAUCAGGAGAUCGAGCGCAUCAUUAUCCGGGACACAGGAGACAGAGAGGAGCAACUUAUUCCUCAAGAGGUUCCAGACGGGCAUCGGGCUCCUCCUCCUUUAUGCCAGCGCAGCAUUGACACACAGACGCCCCUGGGCACGGCAACGGGCAGCAACAGCAGCAGCCGCUCUCAGUCCAUAUCGCCCACAUUCCUGAGUGUGCCAAGCGAGUCCUGCAGUGAUAGUCCAUCGCCCCAUGAGGACGAGACUCUGGCUGACGGCCGUGAGAAAGAUCUGGCACUCUGCUCACCCCUACCUAAAUAUGCCUCAUCCCCAAAGCCCAACAACAGCUUCAUGUUCAAGCGUGAGCCUCCCGAGGGCUGCGAGCGAGUCAAGGUCUUCACAGAAGAAACACAGGCCAGGCCUCCGCGGGAGAUCCCACAGUUCCUGUGUCCAGAUAGGAACAAGGUCAACUUCAUCCCCAAGAGCGGCUCUGCAUUCUGCCUGGUCAGCAUUCCCAAACCGCUGAUGGCCACGCAGGAGCUCAACAACCUCAAGAACCAAAGCUCUACUCGCCUCACACCCGAACCCGAGCCGAGAGUCCCACGGAGAACCUGCAUGCUGUCCCAGCAGCCCUCAGGCUCCGCCCCUUCCUCAUGUCCGUCAGAGAGUUAG